AACUCGGUGAAUUGCAGACACAGGCGCUACACGUACUUUACGGCAUUACAUGGCAUCUAUUCAUUGCUCUGCCAGCAGGUUCUGACGAAUCGAUAGAUGCCACGUGGUCCAAAAACAGUUAUCCGCUUGCCGAAAGGGUAUAUUCGUAGUUUCGCUGCAAUUUCUUUCCUUUCUCACGAAAUGAGAAAGCAACACGGCGCAAGAGAAGAACGGAGUAGCCGUCGGCAAGUCUCCGUUCCCUUCUAAGCUCCGCCGAGAAGCGUCGGCGAAGGGCCCAUCAAUCGAUCUGUCCGUCCAGAGAGAGUGAGAGAGAGAGAUAUGAUGCAACGAUUCGCCGCAGCAUUCGCCUUCGCCACGUUCUUCUUCUUUGUCUUCGUCGCCGAGUGCUCCGAUAAUUCCCAGGUAAAAUGCAGCAAAGUUUGUGUUGCGGAGAGCUGUAAUUCUGUUGGAAUACGAUACGGGAAAUUUUGCGGAGUAGGGUGGACUGGGUGUCCUGGAGAGAAACCCUGCGAUGAUCUUGAUGCUUGUUGUAAGGUUCACGAUGAAUGUGUAGAGAAAAAAGGUUUGAUAAAUGUAAAAUGCCACGAGAAAUUCAAGAGCUGCAUAAAGAAAGUACAGAAAUCUGGAAAGGUUGGAUUUUCUCGGGAGUGUCCCUACGAGACGGCUGUGCCUACAAUGGUACAGGGAAUGGAUAUGGCUAUCUUAUUCAGCCAGUUGGGUAGCUCGAAGUUUGAACUCUGAUUCAUUGUAUCAAAUGCCUCAGCAGAAACUAGGAAAUUCCUUCGUUUGGCUAACUGGAAUGUGGGAAAUGGAAUUAUGUGCCAACUUACAGUAAAGAUUGAAAAAUCAUACUUCAAAUAAUUCAAGACAAGUGUGUAGCUCACCCAGAUUUUGUAAUAGUAUUAAUAGCUUAUAGGACACUUCUGGCUUUUUUUUUUGGUUUUUAACCAUCGUUGUUGUUGUGGGCAGUGAUGCCUUCUCUUAAGAACUGACAAAUGUGGAAAAACAGUUGCUUAUUUUUGAAAA